CUCAUUUUGCAGCAUUAGAUAACCGGACAUCUCUAUCCCAAGCGAACGUAUUGCAAAUAUAAUCAAAAUGGAGAGAUUUUAUUUUAUUCUCUAUGGCGCAGUUCUACUGUUACCAAUUGUAAUACCGGAAAAUCCUGAACCGGAUGAGACAACCUAUGCAACUUUACGAUCUGUUUCGUCGGAAUCCGUGGAAGCGGAGGAUCGUGUUGAAGGAAGGUCACUCAUUGGAGCAAUAGAAACGGUGAAGAAGGUGGGAAAUGUAUUACAGCGAGUAGGCUCGAAAAUCCCAUCAGGUGGUUUUCUGAGUUCUCAAAUUCCGUCUUCUCAAGAAUUUGGUCGUCCCAAGAUGCGGGCAAUCCAAAUAAUCCAUAAUAUUAAGAAAGACGUGGAAGAUUUUGCGAAGAAUAAAAGUUGAUAUUGUCACCCUU